CGAUCAACGCAUGCGUAAAGUGUAAACGUUUGGUCUUGUCACUUAACCCUGAGAAAAGUCGUCAAAAUAACUUACAAAACGGCUAAAAUUACAAUUUAAAUCAUUUAUUAAACCCUCGUACUAACCUUUUAUCUUAUGGCACCAGUUGAAGAUAACGACAGUGGCAUGGAAUCACAGGAAGGGUCACAAGCACAAGAUGCUCCCAGCAAGGAGUUUUCUCCGGAAAAGAAGCUCGAAUUGGAAAUGGACUACGAUGAUGAGCCCGACGAAACGUUAUCCGAACGGUUAUGGGGCCUCACUGAAAUGUUUCCCGAAUCAGUCCGUAAUGCUACGCACGCGGCAGCCGUUAAUACACAACAAGGUGUAAAAAAUUUGUACAGUUUCUCACGGAGCGCGUUAUGGAUAGUUUUUAGUACUUCAAUCAUCUUAUUUGCCCCUGUUAUAUUUGAAGUGGAACGGGCACAAAUGGAAGAAAUGCAGCGUAAUCAACAAAAACAAAUGCUUCUAGGGCCAAACACGGCUGUUUCAGGGGGCGGCAUGCCAUUGAUGCCUCCUAUGCAACGAUAAUGGGGAAAGUCGUGGGUGUUAUAGGUUUUCUAAAAAGUUCUUGUAUGCAGUCUGAUUGUAAAAUUCCUGUUAAUAUAAUUACGAUCAAUUGCAUAUUGUUGCAUUUUUAAUGCUUGGAAUAGUUAGUUGCGUUAUUAGAAUAAAACAUUAUUGGUCAAAA